CCUGUCACACAAAGCAAUCAUGCUGUGACCUCUGCCCGUGCCGUUUCCAAGCACUGGCAGCGGUGUGUGUGUACACAAUGGCCGGUCGAUCGAUACAGGAUCUCUGCAUGACACAAAACAGGUUACGCAUUUCACCGUUGAUAAAUAGCUCACUGCACUAUCGGUCGAUGGAAUUCCGGAAUUGUAAUCGCCAUUUUGUGGACUGGCCUUCCGCGAAAUAGUUUGGAAAACCGUAACUUAUUUUGGCAGUUCAAGCGAAACGACAACGGUGAAUUGUUUCUUCAACGUUACGGUUCUCAAUUUCAGUCGAAGUGUAGACUGUUGUGUUGAUUCGCCUAUGACACGUCUGGAUGUGCACUAUGUGAAUCAGAGCUUGAAAUGGUCCACAACUGCGCGAACGGGCCGUAGAUUUGAUGGUUGUGAAAAGUUGACCAAAUCGAGCCGUGUUGGGCCCGUGUUGGUCCAAUAUUUCUGAUUUUAUACUUGACGAUUGACGAUUUUAUACUUGAACAUUCCCUGCUGUCACUAUAGAAAUUAGAAGCCAAUUGAUAUCGGACUUCAACUACCAUGUUCAUAACAGUGCGAUUUGGAGAAAAAGAGGAGGCGUUGUUUAAUCCCAACUGCCGAACCUUGUUACUGCUUGAAAACAUCAAACAGCGAUGCAACUGCGCAGAAGAUGUGGACGUCGAUCUAUCCGACAACGAAGGUAACGUGAAACACCUCCUGGAAACGCCUCUACGAUAUGCAAAUGAGGUGCUCAAGGAGCGGGAAACCUUGGUCUUGGUUCGGGUCGAGAAAAAUGAAGGCAAUCAAAAGCCACACUAUGUUCCUCUUCUGAACGACGUUCAAGCGAUCGACGCUGCCUUUAUGGCGCGGUUAUCGACGAAGGAGAACUUGGGCUCAGGUAGUGCCAAGGGCUCCCGGAGGAAAAACGCCAAGAAAGACGGCACCAGUAAGAGCUCCUCACGCGCCGGGGCAAAGUCCACCACGCCCACCGGACGGAAGGGCUCUAAACGCUAACAGGACAUAAUUCCGAGUUAAAUUUGGAUUAUUUUAUUAAAUAUUUUUGUAUUGUGAAACUUGUACAUUUAGUAAGUAUUUCCAAGGCUAAAAGACUAUGUUGCAGGAUAGCGUGAGAAGCCGUAAAGGCAUAAUAAGAUCAUUUUCAUCUCAAAAGUAAGCUACUGAAUUUUGAAAAAUAACAACAUGAUUGGAUUGAUGAUCACACUGGUACUAAACACCCCGUGAAAUUAUUCCGUCAGGUUUGCUGUAAUUAGAAGAAAUCAAGAAACGUAGGUGAUUUCUGUAUAUGCAAGCUGUACUAGAGCAUGGUUUCAUCAGUUUUGGUGAAACAACGUUAUCCAUGGUCUGGAGAAUUCAAAUUACAAAUGUGUCAAACAAUUGAACAAAUUAAUUCACCAUAAUGUAUUAUAAAUCGAAGAAGACGUAGGUGCCUUAUUAACGUCUUAAGACAUUUACAAUGACGUCGGCAUACAUGCAUGUUUAUGCCUAUCGAGAAGCCGUCCAAACAUCGAACAUUCUCGAGGUUUUGCAAGCGACCGGGUAUCCUACACGGUGUAGGCGCCAGAUAGUUUACUGUAUACGGAUAUUACUAAUUAUAUUAGUUGAGUGCGGUCUUGUAUCUUCGUAGGCAACUCGCUCUCCGCAACGCGUCUACACCGUGACGGCACAGAUAUAUCGCGCACUACACUGCAAAAAUAGUGUGUUUUAUGCACUUUUCUUUGCAAGGUUUUGCUCUCACUUGUAAACAUGACGUUGUGUAAACAUGUUUCAACACUAAACGUAUAAUAGUGUUGAUGUACACCUAAUGUUUGAGCUUCUAAAACGUUUACUUAGUGUUAGUAACUGUGUUUAAUUGCUAAACACAAUCUUAGGAUGAAGUGUAUGCGACAGUGUGCAACGCAUGCUGUCCAUUUUCACCGUCCAUUUUGAUGGUAUGUAAUCAUGUAUUUUCAUUAAAAGAGGGUGAAUUGCUAAACAAUAUGUGUCAAAUGUGUGCAUUUGAUUAGCCGCAGAUGCAAGGUUUUUCAUCAGAGACUGCCAUUUUGGAUAAUACAUAGAAUUGUACUUGAUAACUAUCAGUUAUGUACAAUGUACAACGCGAAACACUAACGGUCGAUAUAAAACUGUUGCGGAUAGUGAAACGUAUGCGUACGUAUCCGUUUGGAUUCGAAACCUAUGUAUUUGUAAAAAUAUGUACCGGUAUUUGAUAUUGUUUUUGUACCUUUAUAAGAAACAGUUAACAGUGAAAACAAAUUGUCGUAGGCCUAAAUUAUUUUCUGCAAUCCGUAGCAAUCCAGCCAUACUCUAUAUUUACCAAAAAGAGUGAUAAUGUGUUUCAAUUAUGCAGUUUUUAUGACUAAUGAUACCGAAAACAGUUGCACUUUUAUAUACGUGGAAGUUGUUCACCAUCACCUUGCACGUAUACAAAAGUGCAACUGUUGUUUCGGUACCAGACUACCAAUUGUCAUAAAUUGCAGAAUUUUGUACAUAGUAUCACUGUUUUCGGCCAAACAAGGAGAAAUGGCUGGAUUGCUAAGGAAUUUCUGUACUGAUCGGUCGUAAUUUGAGCAAGAUAUGCCCAAUAGGUUUGAGUUAUGACAAAAAGUGAUAUAGGGGGACUUUUUUUUUUUUUGGUUGAGUGUAUGAGGACACUUGAAUUGGAUUCAUAAAAAUAAAAACAUUUCCCGACAAUUCAGUUAAUUUUUCUAAA